GAUGCCGUGGCUAGGACGACGCAUGGGAUGCGGUGUCACGUCGCAGCAGCGAUAUGUACCUACCUAAGUACCUACCUAGUUGGGUUGUUUGAGAAUAUACAUGUAGUUACGUGCAAGCCAAAAUCAACAACUAACUACGUACAUAGUUUUAGUUUUGUGUGUUUUUCUUUUUCUUUUUUUUUUCUUUUUUGAGAGAGAGAGAGAAUUGCAGCCAAGUCAUGCCCCUCGCGGGAUGGGCCACGGGGUAGAUG